GCGAAUCUGCAGCCCUCGCGAAAACCAAAACUUUAUUGCCAGCCAUUGCAUAAAAAAACAUACUCCGUGCAAAAACGUUUAAAAAAUAGAUGUAAAAUACGUGAAAUUCGCAUACUAAAAACAAUAAAGUGAAGCGUUGUAGAAAAAGUGAUCUAAAGAUCUCAACCGUCUUGGCUAAAAUUUCAAGAAAAUGCAAUAAAUCUGCCGUGAGGGUCAUUGAAUAUCCAUUAGCCAAAUCAAACGCUGACUUGCCACCUGAUUGACCCAUAAACAUGACCGAAAAGUACGACAGCAACGGCGACUAUUCCGCAUAUAAUGAGGACGAUAGCAAUGAGUACGUUGGCGGAAGUGGUGGUGGAAAGCCACGCAAGAGCAUAGGCAGCAGCGGCGGCGCCCACAAUGGCGACAGCAACGUCCACGAUCAUCGCGAUCGCGAUCAUGGCGGCCCCGAGGGUAGCGGCAAUGUGCAGCUGAACGAAAAGGCCAGCGAGUACAUACGCGAUUGCAUGGCCGAGAAGAAUCGCAUGGAUCGCAAGUUUCCCAUUGCCGAGAAGCUUUUGGAAGGCGAGAUUGAAAAGGUGCAGACAACUGGACGCAUUCCGUCGCGGGAGCAGAAGUAUGCAGACAUAUAUCGAGAGAAACCUCUGCGCAUAUCGCAGCGGGUGUUGGUGCCCAUACGCGAGCAUCCGAAGUUCAACUUUGUGGGCAAGCUGCUUGGCCCCAAGGGUAACUCAUUGCGUCGCCUGCAGGAGGAAACGCUGUGCAAGAUGACGGUGCUUGGUCGCAACUCGAUGAGGGAUCGUGCCAAGGAAGAGGAGCUACGCAGCUCAAAGGAUCCCAAGUAUGCUCACCUCAACAGCGACCUGCACGUGGAGAUAUCAACGAUUGCGCCACCCGCAGAGGCAUAUGCGCGCAUCGCGUAUGCCAUGGCCGAGCUGCGCAAAUAUCUGAUACCGGAUAGCAACGAUAUUAUACGGCAGGAGCAACUGCGUGAGCUGAUGGACAGCACAAGCCUAAAUGAUAACGACUCCAAUUCCAAGAGUAACUACAAAAAAAUGACGCAUAUGCAGAACGCCGGCAUUGGCGCUAAUGCCAUGGGGGGUCAGGGUCUGGUAAAUUCAAGUGGUAGCGGUGGUGGUGGUUCCAGUAUGUCAAAAAAUUCGGCUCAUCACAACUACAGAAGCUCGCAGCAAGCGUCGUUUAGCAAAAAUGUCUUGGCACCUAAGCAGAAGGUCAUGUCCAUCCUAGAGAAGGCCAGAACAGCAAUGGAUGAAACUUACGGACGGGGCUAUGACGACGGCAUUUCCUAUGAUCCGCAUCAAUCCUACGACGCCUACAGCUAUGCAUCGCACGGUGGACACGCUCAUGGGCCUCACGGACCGCCCAACAACAUAUUGGGCGGCGUUGGCAAUAUCAGCGGCGUCAGUGGAGGAACUCGUGGCGGUCACUAUGAAACUCAAGAUUAUGAAACGGAUUACUCACGAAGGGAUUACUACCAGCAUUCACCUGGAUACGCAGCUAGCGGCUCAGUAGCGUCAUCAAAUCCAAACAAUGCAACAGGUAUAAAUUCGAACCACAACCGCAGUCAUGUUAACAGGUGAAAUUUGUUGGGUUCGAGAAACGCGAGCAAUGGAGAUGGUGUGAGAAGCAUAAGGAGUGUGACAAGUCCUAUACCGAAAACCCACUAUAUGACCCGAUUCAUUAACAACAGUAGCAACAGGAACCACAACAACAACAAACGCAACAGCAGCUUUGUGCAAGUGGAGUGCAGCAACAACCAAAAGGAAUCCAACAACAAAAAGAGCAACAGCACGGGCAGCCACAAGAAGCAGAAGCAGCAACAACAGACACAACAACAUACUCCACAACAAUUGUUGACAGUGCAACAUGAACAACAGCAACAACAUUCACAACAAAAUUACCCACCGCACAACAGUUACAACCAAAACAACAACAACAACAAUCAUUUAAAUAGGAAUAAUAAAAUCAAUUCCAACGAUGUGAAAAUUAAAUCAGUUUCUUUAUCUACGAAUGUGAUGUAUGGCCAAAUGAGUGCUUCAGUUGCCGGCAAACGCACCAUCCACAGCAGCCAGAACAACAACAACAGCCACAACAUUCACACAUUAGGCAGCAAAAACAAGAACAACAUGCAACAUACCCAAAACAACACAACAACUUUAACUGCGUCCAGUAUGCUAUUAGUAAGCCCUUCCAUUCCUUCGCUUCAUAUUCGUGAGAUUCCGUUCUUGCCAGUGCAGUUUCUCUAAACCACAUUGAAAACUAAACAGAUACAAUAACAAAAUACAGUUAAACAAUAACAACAACAAACAAGCAACCACAACAAAUCGAGAGCAACAUCACAAAUACUUUGUACACUAAAUGGAAAGAAUAUUUACAAACGAAACCUCUAAUAUAUACUUAUAUAUACAUACGUGUAUAUACUAGAUACAAACAUAUACAAUAUAUACAUUAAAAUAAUUAACAUAAUAUAUAUGUAAUAUAUAUAUUUUUUUGAGUGCAAGGAAACUGUUGGAUGAUAAUACAGCUGGAUCAACAAAUUGAUAUUUUAACCUUGUGUUGGCUGAUGGACGAUGAACGACAGACAAUUUAUGCCAAGGAUAUAUUGUCCGGUUUUUUAAUCUAUAUUUACACGAAGAGCAAAACAUCUUUAAGAUAUUCGUAAUAAAAGUGCGUGCAUAAAUAACAAAUUAUCAAGAGAUAUAACCGUUAAAUAAUUAGAAAGGUACAGCUUAAAGCUGGCUAUGAUACUUUAACUUAUAUACAUAAUACAAAAUACUAAUAUACAUAUAUUUAUUAUAAAUAUUAUAAAUCGGCUUAAACAACAAACUGUAAACAUUUCUCGAAUACGUACGUACAUAUAUAUUUCUGUAUAUUAUGCUCGAUCUUCAGAAUUGAAAACACAUUUUCUAAAAACUAACCUAACCUAAAACUACAAAAAUUCAGUUAUGAAAUAUCAAAUCAAUUCGAAUACUUAUAUAAAUCAAUGAUUUUUACAACUUUCAAUAAUCCCACAGAUUAUUUUGCUUGUUAACAUUUCUACGCUGAAGAUCGGACAUAUAUAUAUUUAAAGAUAUAUAUGUAGGUGUGAUUGUGCAGUGGAGCAGUAGGGCUGGAAAUCUAUGAGAUUAAUUACUUAAAACUAUAUAACUGGGCACACUUAAAAUAAAUUAAAUAUAACUAUAUAUACAAAUACAGAAUUCAAUAUUUACAUUCGAAUAACUAAAUCGAACAAAUGAUUGACAACAUAAAAAUAAAAGUAAAACUAAAAAUAUAUUUAUAAAAUAUUAAUAUGAUUAAAUACUCGAUAACUUAAUAUACAAUACGUAUUUAUAUUAUUCAGAAAUUGUGAGACGAAGCCCAUAUGUGGAUAAUGCUGCAAAUGAUUACUUUAUUGAAACAACAAACAAAACUAUUAAAAAAGAAAAAUAAUACUCAUUGAAUUUACAUAACUUAUUGUGUGCGAAGUCAAAAAGCUCAAAAACAUAAUUCCCAAUUGUAUUUUCUACUUUAGUAAGCUCGCGUAAAAUAAUUUAUUGCAUAUUGCCUAAAAAUUGUGUGAUGAAAAGCAAAAAUGUUUCCCGAAAAGAUAUACAGCACAUGCCAAAAUUAAAAUAGAGUUUGAAAUUAUAAAAUGAAAGACAGUUUGUGCCAAAAUGUAAUCAAUGGAGCAAUAAUAUUUUCUGAAACACAAUCUUCCAGCUCGAUAGACAAAGUCGGACUAAUCAAAUGAAUACUUUUGAUUGCCCCUCUAAAUGAUUUUCUAUUAUUACUAUUAUUUUGUAUGACUUGUAAGCUGAGCUAAUUGAUGCAAAUAUAUAAAAAAACUCUAACCUAUUGUUAGUGAUGUGUAUUCAUAACGAAAUCAGAUAAUUAUAUCUUGUCCAAAAAAAAAAAGCAAGAAAAAUAUUUACUUAUAACCAUGUGAACGUUAAAUUGUUAAAAACAAUUAAAAUCUAGUUUGUAAAACAAUAUCAGUAAAAAAAGAUACAUACAUUUAUUUCAAGUAAUUAUUGUUAUUAUAGAAAUAAUAAACAAAACAUACUUAAA